AUGCUUCACUGUUCCAGCUGUGAAAAGCCUAUCCUUGAUAGGUUCCUGCUCAAAGUUUUGGACAGACCAUGGCACAUCAAAUGUGUCCAGUGCUGCGAAUGCAAAUGCGCAUUGACAGAGAAAUGUUUUUCACGAGAAGGGAGACUGUAUUGUAAGAAUGACUUCUUUAGGAGAUUUGGGACCAAGUGUGACGGUUGCGCCCAGGGAAUUUUACCCAGUGAUCUUGUCCGCAGAGCCAAGAGCAAAGUGUUUCACCUCAACUGUUUCACCUGUGUGAUGUGUAACAAACAGCUGUCCACUGGAGAGGAACUGUACAUCUUGGACGAAUUCAAGUUUGUCUGUAAAGAGGACUAUCUAAACAACAAUGGAAAAGACACAAUCCUCCUUUCAGUCACGACUUGCAGCGACCCAAGUCUGUCUCCAGACUCCCAGGACCCGCAGGACGACGGGAAGGACUCAGAAACGGGACAUUUAUCUGAUAAAGACGUGUGCAACGAUAAUGACGAGCAGAGUGCCGUCGGGAAACGACGCGGGCCUCGGACCACCAUAAAAGCCAAGCAGCUGGAGACCCUGAAAGCGGCUUUCGCGGCCACACCGAAACCCACCAGACAUAUAAGGGAGCAGCUGUCACGGGAGACCGGCCUCUCCAUGAGAGUCAUCCAGGUUUGGUUCCAAAACCGGAGGUCCAAAGAGAGACGCAUGAAGCAGCUGAGCGCUCUGAGCGGGCGGAGACACGUGUUUUUCCGCGGGCAGAGGAGGAUGAGAGCGCUGGGAGAGAGACUGGAACCAGAAGAGCUGGGACACUUCUCCUAUUAUGGAGAUUAUCCCGGUGAAUACUAUGGCUCAGGAGGGAAUUAUGAGUACUUCCAAGGCCCACCAUCAUCUCAGGCUCAGACUCCAGCAGACCUGGGUUUUAUGCCCUCUUCUGUCCCUGCUGGCACCCCAUUAGGAGUCAUAGACCACCACCAUCCAGUGCACCACUGUCCUGGAGAGUUGCAGUGUUUCUCUGACGCAGUAUCUCAUCAUCCUGCGGAUUCACCCAGUCCAGAGCCCAAUAUACCGGGCUCAAUGCACAGCAUCUCCAGUGAGAUGUGUGGCCCUGGCAAACCUUUCACCACUGUGUCUCUCAGUGACAAUGGAUACACCAACCAGCUGUCACAACCCUCCUCAGAAAUGAGCGAAGGCACUGUCUGGUAA